UGUGUGGAGGAAGGCGCUCAGACCAGAAGCUUCUAUUCAAAAGGAUCCACAUUAAAAUGAAAAACAGGCUGGGCCUGUUGAGACACUUUCACCACUCAGGCCUGACCUCUCCUGUUAGGGGCGUGUCCAUGCAUGGGUAGCGCUCCUUUCACCGAGGAGCAGCUUGCAAAUUCCUCAGAGCUGCCUAGAGACCUUCCAAUGGAGGUUUCGAUCCCCACCCUCCUGCUGCUGCUGUGGCUGAAGGCGCUGCUCAACUGGCUGGUGGUUCUCACCCAAUGGCCCCACAUGGUGAGGACCUUCACCGGGGUCCUCUGCAUUUCUUUGGCUUUGGUGGACACCCUCUUGGACGUGGUGGUCACUCAGGUCUUUUUCAUGGAGGACUUUUCUAUCUGUGGUUUGCACCUCACCAGAUACCACAUCUGCCUUCUGAUCCAGGCUGCUGGAUUCAUCUACGGUGUCCUGCACUGGCCUGUGUUCCUUCUCAUAGGUGCUGACAGCUACUUCACAGAGUCCACCACGGAGGUCCCCUGGCCUCGAAAACUCACAUACAUCUGCGGAACGCUCUUGCUCUGGGUUCUCGCCACGCUCUACGUCUUCUCGAGACCCGAUUCCAGCCCGAUAACGGAGGACGACCUCCUGCGCCAAUGCAAACUGACCAGCAGGUCUCAGAGCAGCCAGGUGGCCACCGUGGUGCUGCUAGCACUGGCUGCCGUUCUUCUCUGUACAUCUGUUCCUCCAGAAAAGGGGCGGAGGUUUCAGGGCCAAGCCCUUCUGAGAUGUUCGGUGUGCGCCUUCCUCAGCACCUGGAGCCCCUUCCUGGUCCUGCUGGCGUCCCUCCUGUGUUCCCAGGCGGAGAUUCCAGCCUAUAUGGACAUGAACGUGCCCUGGCUGUGCCUCCUGCACAGCUUCCACAUCACGCUGGCUCUGAGGAGCUGCUCGUGUCUGCUGUGCUCGCAGAAAGAGGACAAAAAGGCAGAAACGGUGGGUUUCCAUCGGUGGACGCAGUGCUUGAUGUGAUGUUCAGGAAUGGACAGAAUAAAGGAAACGGUGAAGAAAAGGACUUUAAGGUGAUAAGUUGGACGAAAGCUACGUCAGAGUCUGUAGGCCCAGCUCUCACUGUUCCGGUGACAGAGGCGUCAUAUCAGCCUUACGGUUCUGCUGACCAGGCCUGGACAGUCCAGCUCAACCUCAGCAAAC